CUCUCUCUCUCUCUCUCUAUGGCUGCUAUAGCACCCAAGACCCCCUUCCGGCGAAGGACGCAAGCUCGAUCUUUGGAGGUUUACGAAGAAGCUCGCAUUGAUGCGAUCGCCUGCAAUAAGUGCCAUUCCGGUGACUGUGCCGACGAGCUCAUCCUCUGCGACGGGUGCGAUAUUGGGUUCCACCUCUUCUGUCUCCGCCCGAUCCUCGCUUGCGUGCCCUACGGCUCUUGGUUCUGCCCUUCUUGCUCUUCCAACAAGAAUCCCAAGCCGUUUCCCCUGAUCCAGACGAAGAUCGUCGAUUUCUUCCGGAUCCAGAGAUCUACGGGCUUUGAGAAGCCAGAGAGCCGAAAACGGAAGAAGCGGCAAGGAGUUAUAGUGGUGGCGAAAAAGAAAAGGAAGAUGCUGCCCUACAGCCCGAGUGAGAGCUCAGAAAGAAGAAUGGAACAAAUGGCUUCUCUUGCCACGGCAUUGACGACAACGGGUGCCGUCUUCAGCGACAAACUAACUUAUUGUCCUGGAAUGGCUCCCAGAUCGGCUAAUCGUGCUGAACUUGAGCAUGGAGGGAUGCAGGUGCUGUCCAAGGAAGACGCUGAAGCAUUGAAUUUGUGCAAAAGAAUGAUGGAAAGAGGAGAAUGCCCCCCUCUAUUGGUUGUUUUUGAUCCUUGUGAAGGGUUUACAGUAGAGGCUGAUAAGUUCAUCAAGGAUCUAACAAUAAUCACUGAAUAUGUUGGUGAUGUUGAUUUCUUAAAGAACAGGAAGCAUGACGAUGGAGACAGUAUGAUGACUUUGCUCUCAGCUAAGAAUCCAUCAAGAAGUCUUGUAAUUUGCCCUGAUAAGCACAGCAACAUCGCUCGUUACAUCAAUGGAAUCAACAAUUACACACAGGAAGGGAAGAAGAAGCAAAAUCUGAAAUGUGUGAGGUAUGAUGUUGAUUGCGAGUGCAGGGUUCUGCUUGUUGCUAAUAGAGAUAUUUCUAAAGGUGAGAGAUUAUACUAUGAUUACAACGGUCAUGAACAGGAGUACCCUACACAUCAUUUUGUUUAGGGGAAAAAAACAUUUUGUUCACUAAUUUGAGCAUGUUAUAUGGAAAGCAAAAUGCUAUUUUUUCAUGCUGUAUUGGGGGAUUCUUGACCCAAU